AUGUUUGCUAAAACCCGGCUCAGCUGGGCGAAAAAUGUGGAUGUUUGUGUCAUAGGGGGAGGACCUGCAGGAGUGGCCGCCGCGUUGCGGGCUGUGGAUUAUAGAAAAAGGGCUUGCAUAAUCGAGUCAUCACGGAUUGGAGGUGCUGACCUUUGGAACGGUGCGCUACAGUCGAAGACGUUAUGGGAAAUGGCAAAAUUCGUCCGCCUUAUGAACGGCCAAACCGCCAAUCGUUUUAUGAAGUGCCGUCAAGCUCUCCCAUGUAUUGAUUUUUCGAAUAUUAAGAAAUCAAUAGAUUGCGCAGCAGAGUUCCGUCACGGCCAGAUUCUUCAUCAGCUUGAGAAGGUUAGCGUUGACGUUAUAUGUGGUCAUGGGUCAUUUACGUCACCUCACAGUGUCGAUGUUAAACUGUUGGGUGGAGGCAUUGAGGAGGUACGGGCCGACUACUUUGUCAUUGCGUGCGGCGCUCAACCUCGUAAACAUGCUUCCGUAAUUGCCGACGGUGAGGUUGUCUUCACUUCCGAUGAUAUAAUGACUCAACCAUUUCCGAAAAGCAUUGUCAUUAUCGGCGCUGGCGUUAUAGGAUGUGAGUUUGCAUCGAUAUUUGCGAACUUUGGACUUACCGAAGUAAAUGUUAUUGAAAAGUCUAAUCGAAUAUUGCCAAUGGAAGAUGAUGAUGUUGCUCUCUUCGUUCAGAAGCUCCUGGAGGCAAAGAUGGUCAAUUUUCACCACCAUUCUGCUUUGCAAAGCAACAAGGUGGAGGGCGGCCAAUUCCGUUACACGCUGCGUGAUUUGAGAGACAACAGGCUAACAGACCACGUGGUCGACAAGGCGUUGGUUUCAAUAGGAAGGGAUCCAAAUGUGGGUAGCAUUGGACUCGACAAAAUCGGUGUUGAGUUGAAGCAGGGUCGAAUCCAGCGUGACCAGUUUUAUUGCGUUGUUCCACACAAGCAUAUUUAUGCGUGUGGUGAUGUCGGCUCAAGGGUGGCGCUUGUUAACGUUGGGGAGUUGGAAGCGCGUUCCUGUAUUGAGCAUAUGUAUCGUCCAUAUCCGGAGGGAGAACUUAUUCAACGCCUGGACAAUCUGUCGACGAUUAUGUUUCUUGAUCAGGAGGUGGCCGCUGUAGGUCGCAAUGAGCAACAAUGCAGGAAGGAACACAUAGCAUACAAGGUGGCCAGGUACGGUUAUGAAUUUGUGGGUCGGGCCCUCGCAAUGGGCAAUACGAGCGGUUUUGUGAAGCUUAUCGUUACAAAUGAUCACAAAAUGCAGGUUCUUGGUGUGCGAGCUGUUGGACCGCAUGCAAGCAGCAUUAUUGAGUUGGCUUCAUUGGCAAUUCAUAAUCGCGAAUCGAUUUAUAACCUGAGUCAGCUCCAUACAGCUUACCCUGCAAUAACCCAAGGGUUCCAAGAGUGUGUCAAUAUGCUUCUUGGUACUUCAACUUUGAAACCUAAUGUUUUCCCCGAACUUAUCGUUAAUGAGUGGUCGCCUCCAAAUCUUGACCGAGGCAGAGCAUAUUAG